AUGGACUACAAUCUUCCUGGAAUAAUUAUUCUCCAUCAGAAACUCGUCAAGAGGUUUCUUUCAAGAAAGAAGGACAAAGUUUCGCAAUUUCUGAAGGGAAAGCUUGAAAAAAUUCCGGAGCAUCCACCAGUGAGUGUAGGACCGAUACAGCAGAUACCGUUUGGUUGCAUCUGGGGAAAGAAAGAAGCUUCCUGUAUUUUUGUGACUGGAAAGUUUUUCAAGUUCCUGCGCCAAUUUGUUGACUUUGUGGAUGGUUCAUUGAUCAGCAUAGCUUCAAAAAACUCGGAGAUGUCAAACAAUGUGGAAGAGCUGUCAAACGAUUUGGAAAUAUUGCCGAAUAAUUCGGAAACGUUGUCAAAUGUUCUGUCAGCGCAGUAG